GAUUUUACAGAAAUCUACCGCGUGUUUGAAUGCGAAGCAAUUUCUUUGGAUUUUAAUUAGUGCAAAAGUGAAACAUGCUCUGUCCUGAGUUGUUCAAAUUUCCCAUUCCCACCUACAAUGUUGAUUGUAUUAAACGGGCACCAAUUACAAAGUGUACCAAAUUUAAAGAAGAAAUCAAAUCGCUCCAGCUCGUUCGCACGCUUUCUGUUGUGAUUCCAGCAAACGAAGGCCCAGUUGUAGAAACGAUUGCGAAUGAUUUGGAAUCGGGAUCCUGUUCCCUUUACCUGGUGAAGCAGUUACCGCUGGCAGAACUGGUACGGAGGGAAUUUCUUGAGGCAUUCGUGAAGCGAGGCAAAUUGCAUGGGAUCAGCCCAAAGACUCGUUUGGAAACGGAUGAUUGUGCAGCGAUUUUUCCAGACGGAACAUUGCGCUUGAGCUUAAACAGAGAGACUUACCACUGUGUCAAAUCUUGCAGCACGAUAAAAUCACGUAGGCGUGAUAAAUAUGUUGUAGAGAUUGAUUUGAAAUCCCCUGGCGCAAAGGACCAGUUAGAGAAGGAGACACUAGCAUUUGAUAUGAUCCUUAGGUGGAUACCACCAGAGGUGCCUUCAAAUUUAGGCGGAAACAGUGGGAUGGCGGUAAGCGUCAAAUCAUUAGAGCGUUACUUUUCCGACUUACGUUCCAUGCAGAUCGUAAACCUGCCCCCGGCAGGUUCCAAGUUAGUAAAGCUCGAUGAGAUGGCAAUUCCGUUGCUGGAAAAGCCAGAUAAACCCAAAAGCAAAACUGCUGUCAGUGAUAAGCAAGUGUUCUUCACACCCGAUGAGCUAAUGGAGUACAUAGGGCUGCUUGUUCUUGAUUGCGAGACUGUACCAUCAGAAUGUAUGAGACCCUUUACGCCAGACAAAUGCACGAAGCAGGUUGAGUCUGUAUGGCUCCUUAAUCAGCAGGGAUUGUUUACCAUCAAAGAGAUUCAGCAAGCUAUUGAUCAAUUGGUUGAAUUUAUUGAGGAACAAAAACAGACAUCACCUGGUCAAAAUGCGAUUCCUUGGGUAGCGCUGCACGUGCAAGGCUUUCCCAAUCUUCCACUUACUGUUGCCGGUUCGCGAGAAUGUGGAAUCGGUUACGAUCACGAUAAUGCCUACACGAUUGUUAUAGGAGGCGAGGACGAUGUUCUGUGGCGCAAAAUGUUCGGUUGCAGUGGAAAAGGUCCCAUUGAGCCCGGAAGUUCAAUUUAAUUUCAAAACAUAAAUACACUGAUCAUUGGUGGACAUUUUCUAUUGAUCUUUUAUAAUUGUGGAAAAAAAACCUUUCAAUAUAAGAAUUGUUUCGCAA